UGUUUUGCGUGUCGCAAAGAAGGUCAUCGUAUUCAAGAUUGUCCAGAGACGACUGCAUCUGGUGCUGUGCUUCCCUCUGGUGCUAAAGGCAGUGGGAAAGAUGGGAAGUCAGUGCCGCAAUCGAUAUGUUAUCGUUGUGGGAAAUCAGAUCAUGCGCUGAAACAGUGUCGCUUGCAUCCCUCGAAGGGACUACCUUUUGCGCGGUGUUUCGUGUGUCAGGAGCAAGGCCACAUCACAUCAAAUUGCCCAACUAACAGUCGUGGUGUGUAUCCCUCUGGUGGAUGCUGCAAGAUUUGUCGAAGUGUUGAACAUCUCGCCAAGGACUGU